AUGCGAAUGUGCUUAACGUCCGACCUGGGGGGCUAUUACACGACGAAACAGGAAGGGCGAGACCAAUUCGGGCAAAAAGGGGAUUUUAUUACAUCUCCCGAAAUAUCACAGAUCUUUGGAGAGCUGAUCGGCGUCUGGUUCGUCGCAGAAUGGAUGGCGCAGGGUCGAAAGAGCAAGGGCGUGGAGUUGGUGGAAAUAGGUCCUGGAAGAGGGACAUUGAUGGAUGAUAUGUUACGAACAAUCCGAAAUUUCAGCAUGGCCUCGAGUAUUGAAGCUGUAUACAUGGUAGAGGCAAGCCCGGCGUUGAGAGAGACGCAGCAGAAGCUCCUCUGCGGAGAUGCCCCAAUGACCGAAACGGACAUUGGAUAUCAAAGCACAAGUAAAUAUGCAAACAUUCCAAUAAUUUGGACAGAAAACAUACGUUAUGUCCCAUCAGAUGUUAAUAAGACUCCCUUUAUUGUGGCUCAUGAAUUUUUUGAUGCCCUUCCAAUUCACGCUUUUCAAUCCGUAGCGCCAUCAGAGUCAUUCCAGAAUACGAUCCAAACUCCCACAGGCGAGCAUGUUCUCACCCCCGAAGCAGCAAAGAGUCGACAGGCCAAAGAACCUCAAUGGCGAGAACUGGUCGUCUCUCCUGCCCCUCCCGACGAGAUUCACACCACCACAUCAGCACAGUCCUCCGACCCACCCCCAGAAUUCCAACUCACUUUGGCCAAGGCUUCUACGCCGCACAGUCUCUACCUCCCAGAGAUCUCAGAGCGUUACCGAGCUCUAAAAGCGACCCCCGGCUCCUUGAUUGAGAUCUCACCUGAAUCGCAUGCUUACGUGCAGGACUUUGCUCGGCGGAUAGGCGGCACAACCGCCGAGCCCAAGCCACGGCCUUCCGGCGCAGCAAUCAUCCUCGAUUACGGGCCCGCGGACACCAUCCCCAUCAACUCCCUUCGGGGAAUCAGAGAACACAAGAGGGUCUCUCCACUCAGCUCCCCUGGGCUGGUAGACUUAUCAGCAGAUGUGGAUUUCGUGGCCUUGGCGGAAGCGGCCAUUGGCGCCUCUCCAGGGGUCGAAGUACAUGGGCCAGUAGAGCAGGGUAUGUUCUUGUUGAGUAUGGGGAUUAAGGAGAGGGCGGAGAUGUUGAUGAAGGGGUUGGGAAGCGAUGAGGAUAAGAGACAGAGGGUGGAGAGUUCCUGGAAGAGGUUGGUGGAUCGACAUAAGAAUGGAAUGGGAAGGAUCUAUAAGGCUAUGGCGAUUGUACCUGAGAGUGGAGGAUCUAGAAGGCCGGUUGGAUUCGGUGGUGACGUACCGGCUUGA